CCGGCGCAACCUUUUGUUUUCCAUUUUACGCGGCAUCGGUAUUCCCACACGCCUCAGGACCAAACCCCAUCAUACCACCACUCUCUCUUUAUAUAUCUUCUUCAUCUGAUCUCUUUCGUCCUUUCCUUAUUAUAUGUGAAUAUACGAUGGGAGAUAAAGGAGAGGAAGGAGAUCGAAUGGCGCUGAUGAAGUUCGACAACGAGAGCGCUGCUUCUCUCGUAUCAGAGCUCCGCGGGAGCUUCAAUUCAGGUAGGACGCGGGGCUACGAAUGGAGAGCCGUACAGCUGAAGAUGAUGGUGAAGCUGAUCGACAACCAUGAGUCGGAGAUCGUUGAGGCCCUUCGAUCAGACCUCUCCAAGCCUGAAAUGGAAUCUUUCAUUUCUGAGAUAUCCAUGACAAAGAACUCAUGUAAGGUGUCACUCAAGGAAUUGAAACAUUGGAUGAAACCGGAACGGGCUAAAACUACAUUGACAAGUUUCCCUUCAUCAGCAGAAAUUGUAUCAGAACCACUAGGCGUUGUCUUGGUCAUUUCAGCCUGGAACUAUCCCUUCUUGUUAUCUCUUGAUCCAGUCAUCGGAGCUAUUGCAGCUGGCAAUGCUGUGGUCUUAAAACCAUCUGAAAUUUCACCAGCUACAUCCUCAUUAAUGGCAAGAUUAUUACCAGAAUAUCUAGACAGAUCUGUCGUACGAAUUGUAGAGGGGGCUGUUGCUGAAACAACUGCGCUGCUGGAGCAGCGCUGGGACAAAAUAUUCUAUACAGGUAAUGGAAAAGUGGGACGCAUUGUGAUGGCUGCAGCUGCAAAGCACCUUACACCAGUUGUCUUGGAGCUUGGAGGAAAAUCUCCUGUUGUUGUUGAUUCGAACAUCAAUUUGGAUGUUGCAGUAAAGCGAAUUAUUGCAGGUAAGUGGGCAUGCAAUAAUGGACAAGCUUGCAUUGCCCCCGAUUACGUCAUAACACCGAAAUCAUUUGCUCCAAAACUGAUUGAUGCUUUCAAACAUACAUUGGAGAAAUUCUAUGGGAAGGAUCCGUUGGAAUCAAAAGACUUGUCUCGCAUUGUAAAUUCCAACCAUUUCUCGCGCUUAGCAAAGCUCUUGGAUGACGAAAAGGUUGCUGGUAAGAUUGUCCAUGGAGGCCAACGGGAUGAAAAGCGACCAACUAUUGCCCCGACGAUCUUACUGGAUGUUCCACAAGACUCCUUAAUAAUGAAUGAAGAAAUAUUUGGCCCUUUACUUCCUAUCAUUACGGUUGACAAGGUGGAAGAUAGUUUCAAUGUUAUAAACUCGAAAUCGAAGCCUCUUGCUGCAUAUCUCUUCACCAAGAACAAGCAGCUCGAGAAGGAUUUUGUGAAUGCGGUCUCUGCAGGGGGGAUGCUCAUCAACGACACCUGCAUACAUCUUGCAUUACACACAUUGCCUUUUGGGGGAGUUGGAGAAAGUGGAAUGGGAUCUUACCACGGUAAAUUCUCGUUCGAUGCGUUUAGUCACAAGAAGGCUGUCUUGCACCGCGGCUUUGGAGGAGAAGCUUCCGCCAGGUAUCCGCCUUACACACCCAAGAAACAAAGGUUGCUGAGGGCCCUGCUCAAUGGUGAUAUCAUAGGCCUAAUUCUGGCUUUGAUUGGAUGGCCUAGAGUCUAAAUAGUAUGCCUGUUGUAUUUGAGGUGCUUGCCCUUUUACUCUCAGAUUUAUUAUUUAAACGUGUCUUUGAAUUUGUCCAAGAUGAAAAUAAAACCAAUGGUGUGUAGAUUAGAUUAUUAUUAUUA